UAAUGUAUUCUCACCCUUAUUUUUUUCUGGAAACAGAUGAACUGAAAACCACAACAAAUGCCUUUUAAUCUAUCAACGCAACAUAAUGGGCUUUCCAGGAAUGCUUUUAGGAAGAGUCUUUUAGAAAAGUACAGAAGACUUGUCUGAGAGUGCUUUGGGGAGUAGCCAGAAAGAAGAGAUCAAGAACGCUCUGCUCCCUAUAGGAUGAAGUGGUGUUAUGGCAGUGUGGGUUGGCUCAGCUUCUUCUACGGAUAAACUAACAUUAAAGCCCAAAAUAGGCAAGGAGAUGAGAAGUGGAUUUAGAUCUCAGGGAGGAAACAAAGAAAGCUUUUUUUUUCAGGCAGAUCCCUUCAGUUUCUUCUUAGAGACCUAGUGGAACCAAAAGAUGAGGUUCGCCGCUGGAGGAGAAAUGGACCCCUCUCUGAAGAUCCUGUUUCCUCUGUUUAGUAUGGUCUUCACCUUAUUUAGCACAACAAGAGCAAAAAAUUCAUCCUUGGGCAUCCAGCCUUUUUUUCGUAGUUUCCCUGUGAUGGAAGAAAAUGAUAAUAAUAUGGAAAUAAUUACUAACAAUACUUCGAACAACUCCAAUCAAUCCAUAAAGCAAGUGGUUACCACAAAACAAGCUGAAAAAUACUUGACUGGUCCAUGGCUGACGCGCUUUGUUCCUUCAGUCCACACUGCUGUGGUUAUUUUGAGCCUUCCUUUAAACAUUAUGGCAAUUAUCAUGUUUGUGGUCAAAAUAGGGCUUAAGAAGCCAGCAGUGGUGUACAUGCUCAACCUGGCUUCUGCAGAUGUCCUCUUCGUGAGUGUGCUUCCUUUUAAGAUUGCCUACAACUUUUCUGGAAACAACUGGAUGUUUGGGCCUGAGAUGUGUCGAUUUGUCACUGCUGCCUACUACUGCAACAUGUACUGCUCCGUCCUGCUGAUGAUGGUGAUAAGCAUUGACCGUUUCCUGGCCGUGGUGUACCCAAUGCAGUCUCUGUCCUGGCGCACAGCAAGACGGGCCUCGAUGGUCUGCUUUCUCAUCUGGCUUCUGGCUAUAGCUGGGGUGAUACCUCUGCUUGUCAAUGAGCAAACAAAGAGAUUAUCCCGGUUAAAUAUUACAACCUGUCAUGAUGCAGUAGAUAUCUCUGCCAUUAUGGAUAUAUUUCGGCAUUACUUUUCUGCAUUAUCUAUUUUGUUCUUUCUUAUACCGUUAUUAAUCUCUGUCACCUGUUAUGUGUGCAUUAUAAGGAAACUUUCUUCGUCCAAUGUUGCUGCAGAGCCUAGUAAACGGAGACGUGCCGUUCUCCUGUCUGUAGCUGUCUUGUCUUCUUUUAUUAUUUGUUUUGGCCCUACAAAUGUCCUAUUAUUAGUGCACAGCUUGCGCAUCUCACCUGAUCAACCCCUUGAAAGCUUGUAUUUUGCCUACAUCUUAGCGGUCUGCAUUGGUACCAUAAACUGCUGCAUUGAUCCCUUAAUUUAUUAUUAUGCCUCUUCAAAGUGUCAAAAGCAGGUGUGGGAUCUCCUGUGCUAUAAGAAGCAGUCUGGUCUUGAACAAAGCAGUCAGACAACAAGCAGUAAUGCCACUAACCUUUUUAGUGGCCUGAAAAAAUUGUCUCAAGCAUAGAAUUUUAC